AUGGCACCCCGUUCUCAGCUAGAGAUCACCACGCAGUCCGUCCUGCGCCUGGUCAAGGAAGAAGCGUCCUACCACAACGAGCUGAAAGAGCAAACCAACCGCAUCCAGCGCCUAGAGACCCAAGAGAACACCGGCGACGAGAACCAGGAAUACACGCUGCGACAAGAGCGUCUCGCGCUCGAGGAGACCAAGAAGGUUCUGCCUACGCUGAAGCAGAAGAUCGAUGAUUCGAUAGCCAAGUUGGAGUCUCUGCUGACCGAGGAGGGCCAGAAGGGUGCGGAGAGCAAUGUCGAGCUUAUCAAUGCUGGGAAGGAGGCUAUUGCUAAGGCUAGAACUGCGGAGCGGGAGAUUGCUUGA